AUGGAUAGGGAUCUUUGGAUUAUAGCACACAUCUUUGACCGCAGCAGAACAUCUAGCGGCAAAGACAACGAGUGUGGAUGUACGAGGGGCUUUUUGUUUUCAAUCUUUUGUUCAUUCAGUGUUAAUGGCUUGGGAAUGGAGAUAGCUUUGGUGAGCUUUGACAAGCGGGGUGACGGAGGCAGUGAUGGAGAACCUUACCAAAACCAAAACUCCCUGGAUCAUCCGCGCCUGGUCCACAACAAAGAACUCUACUCGAGAAGUCCACAGCAGAGCUCGUGGAAAAUGAACGACAUGAACAGCACGAUGAUGGGCUCCACGGAGAACACGGUGGAUUAUUACAGUCCCCAUCUGUUUGAUGAGGACAUUCUGGACAUGGAUAUGGACCAUGAGAGCAACGAACGGGUUCUUAUUAAUAUCGCCGGCCUGAGGUUCGAGACGCAGCUGGGCACUCUGAACCAGUUUCCCGACACUUUACUGGGAGACCCGGACAAGAGAAUAAAGUAUUUCGACCCCCUCAGGAACGAGUAUUUCUUUGACCGCAACAGACCGAGUUUUGACGGAAUUCUAUAUUUCUAUCAGUCUGGCGGGAAAAUCCGACGACCCGUUAACGUGUCCAUCGACGUGUUUGCCGACGAGAUCCGCUUUUAUCAGCUGGGAGAAGAAGCAAUGGACCGUUUCCGCGAGGAUGAGGGCUUUAUCAAAGAAGAAGAGAAGCCGUUGCCACAGAACGAGUUUCAGAAACAGGUAUGGCUCAUCUUUGAGUACCCUGAGAGCUCUAGUCCUGCACGAGGCAUAGCUAUUGUCUCCGUCCUCGUCAUCACCAUCUCCAUCAUAACUUUCUGUCUGGAAACUUUACCCGAGUUUCGCGACGAGCGCGAGCUUCCAGUGACUAGUCGCGCUGUCAAUGGUACUCAAGAGCGUCCAUCGCUCACCUUCAGCGACCCGUUCUUCAUCAUUGAAACCACCUGUGUGAUUUGGUUCACCUUUGAGCUCUUCGUGCGCUUCUUUGCAUGUCCUAGUAAGUCUGAAUUCUCCAAAACCAUCAUGAACAUCAUUGACAUCAUGUCUAUCAUGCCUUACUUCAUCACCUUGGGCACAGAGCUGGCGGAGCAGCAGGGCCAGGAGCACAAUAACGGCCAGCAGGCCAUGUCUCUGGCCAUUCUGAGGGUCAUUCGUUUGGUUCGGGUGUUUCGUAUAUUUAAGCUCUCUAGACACUCCAAGGGGCUUCAGAUCUUGGGCCAGACUCUAAAAGCCAGCAUGCGAGAGCUGGGCCUCUUGAUCUUCUUUCUUUUCAUUGGUGUCAUAUUAUUCUCCAGUGCGGUCUUCUUCGCUGAGGCAGACGAACCCGAGUCUCACUUCUCCAGCAUCCCAGAUGCCUUCUGGUGGGCUGUGGUGACCAUGACAACAGUCGGAUAUGGUGACAUGAGACCGGUGACUGUGGGGGGCAAAAUCGUGGGCUCGCUGUGUGCCAUCGCAGGGGUGUUGACCAUUGCAUUACCGGUGCCUGUCAUUGUGUCUAACUUCAACUAUUUCUACCAUAGAGAAACUGACCAAGACCAGGCGUCUCUCAGAGAGGAGCCUAACAAUGCCGGCCCUUCAAACCCAAGCGAUGAACUCCACGGGUUGAGGAAAUCAUCGACCUCUAACUCGAAAGACGGAGAUCGCAAUGAAGAAACAAACAUUCCAGUCGAGAAGAGCAACAUGAAAGCUAACAGCAGACUAGACAUCAAACGCUCCCUUUAUACGUUUUGCUUGGACACUAGAGAAACCGACCUCUAGUGUGUCCGUCUCAACCGGCUCCCGUCAUUGUUUCCAACUUCAGCUAUUUCUAUCUCAGGGAGACUGAGCAGGAGUACGCGUCUCAGAGAAGAGCGCAGUGGUGGCCCUUCCAGCCCGUGCAAUGAACUUCAUGAGAUGGAGAACACAAUGAGGAAGGAAACAUGUUUGAGAAGACUGACGUUAAGAAACGGAUACAUCUAGUCUAUCCAUAUCCACCAUGCUAAGUUAAUGCACGCAGAUUCUGGACUGUUAAAAUCCUGGAAAGUUGCAGUGUUUUUUUUAAAGCACAUUUUAAUCUGUUGAACUCCUGGGCACCAGCGACUUUUAGGCAUUACUUUUAUAAUUUCUUAUUCAGAAACACACAACAUAAUGAUGAUUAUUAUAAUUAUUAUUUUUUUAAUAUUAAUUAUGUACAAUUUUAUGAUAGCAGGCCUUAACUCUUUCACGACCUCUUAUGCUGUUCAUAGUUGCCCAGUGAUUCAAAUGAAAAGCCAAAAUAGGUUUUCUUCUAUUAAAACAUACUAAUUAAAAAAACACAUGUACAUAUUUUUGUAAAAUAGUUGUUUGGUCUCUAGGGUCUCGAUCAAUAUCACUUUCAUAGUUAGUCUAAAAUACUGUUUAUGUGUCGUUUGUGGCUAUCAGUAUUUUAUCAUUUAUUUAGAGCAAUAUUUUUUCACUUUUGAAAUUGAAAACUCAAUGGCGUAUGAAAUCUAUGGAGCACUUCAAGGAAGAGGACAACUUUAAGUUGCUUUGCUUCUGAGUUCACAACGAUAAAGCCUUGUCGACUUUAAAUGGAUUGAGAAUGGAUUCAAGCAGAAAUGACAGUUUAUAGGAGAAGGAAACCUCAACAAAUGAUGAUCUACUGAAACCAGAGGAAAAAAGAGGAUCAGUGGUCAUUUUUCAUGCAAGAUCCCAGAAGAGGAGACCUAAUCAUGACGACAGAUUCUUCAGACCUUCUGGAAACCUCUGCAGAAACCUGUGCCUUUGAUCAAACCCUGUGAAUCAAUCAUUUAGUAUGGGACCAGAAUAUGAAACUGAUACUGCACAUCUGACAGACACCUUUA